AUGCUGAGUGUCGCUAGAAGCGUUUCUAGGUCUCUGCCAACGAGAAACUGUCGAAAUGUGUCUUCUCUGGUGAAGAAGGCCUGCUGGGGGGGCUUCCAGCCUGAUGCUGUGGGGGUCCUGUCCAGGAGAGACUAUGCCUCUGAAGCCAUCAAGGGCUCGGUGAUCGGCAUUGACCUGGGGACCACCAACUCCUGUGUGGCCGUCAUGGAGGGGAAACAGGCCAAGGUGUUGGAGAACGCAGAGGGAGCGAGGACCACCCCCUCAGUGGUGGCCUUCACAGCAGAGGGGGAGCGCCUGGUGGGCAUGCCGGCCAAACGCCAGGCCGUCACCAACCCCAAGAACACCCUGUACGCCACCAAGAGGCUGAUUGGACGCCGCUUUGAUGACGCCGAGGUCCAGAAAGACAUAAAGAACGUCCCCUACAAGAUCGUCCGGGCGUCUAACGGCGACGCCUGGGUGGAGGCCCAUGGGAAGAUGUACUCCCCCAGCCAGGUGGGCGCCUUCGUCCUGAUGAAGAUGAAGGAGACGGCAGAGAACUACCUGGGCAGCAAAGUGAAGAACGCAGUGAUCACAGUUCCCGCUUACUUCAACGACUCUCAGAGACAGGCCACCAAGGACGCGGGUCAGAUCUCCGGGCUGAACGUGCUGCGGGUCAUCAACGAGCCAACGGCGGCGGCGCUGGCCUACGGUCUGGAUAAAACCCAGGAUAAGAUUAUCGCCGUGUACGACCUGGGCGGGGGGACCUUUGACAUCUCGGUGCUGGAGAUCCAGAAGGGCGUCUUCGAGGUGAAGUCCACCAACGGGGACACCUUCCUGGGAGGAGAGGACUUCGACCAGCACCUCCUCAGACACAUCGUGAAGGAGUUCAAGAGAGAGUCUGGCGUGGACCUGAUGAAGGACAACAUGGCGCUGCAGCGUGUCAGAGAGGCUGCAGAGAAGGCCAAGUGUGAGCUGUCCUCGGCGCUGCAGACCGACAUCAACCUGCCCUACCUGACCAUGGAUGCUUCUGGACCCAAACACCUGAACAUGAAGCUGACCCGGGCCCAGUUCGAGGGCAUCGUGGCCGACCUGAUCCGCCGCACCGUGGCGCCCUGCCAGAAGGCCAUGCAGGACGCCGAGGUGUCCAAGGGAGACAUCGGAGAGGUGCUGCUGGUGGGAGGAAUGACCCGCAUGCCCAAGGUUCAGCAGACGGUCCAGGACCUGUUCGGUCGAGCACCAAGCAAGUCGGUGAACCCGGACGAGGCUGUUGCCAUAGGAGCAGCCAUCCAGGGCGGCGUUCUGGCCGGUGAUGUCACAGACGUGCUCCUCCUGGACGUGACUCCGCUGUCACUGGGCAUCGAGACUCUGGGAGGCGUCUUCACCAAGCUGAUCAACAGGAACACCACCAUCCCCACCAAGAAGAGCCAGGUGUUCUCCACAGCCGCCGAUGGACAGACGCAGGUGGAGAUCAAAGUGUGUCAGGGUGAGAGGGAGAUGGCGGCCGACAAUAAGGUGCUGGGACAGUUCACCCUGGUGGGAAUCCCCCCCGCCCCACGCGGCGUCCCUCAGAUCGAGGUCACGUUCGACAUCGACGCCAACGGCAUCGUCCACGUCUCUGCCAAGGACAAGGGCACGGGCCGGGAGCAGCAGAUUGUGAUCCAGUCGUCAGGAGGCCUCAGCAAGGACGACAUCGAGAACAUGAUCAAGAACGCUGAGCGCUACGCCGAGGAGGACCGCAGGAGGAAGGAACGCGUGGAGGCCGUCAACAUGGCCGAGGGCAUCAUCCACGACACCGAAUCCAAGAUGGAGGAGUUCAAGGAGCAGCUUCCUGCUGACGAGUGCUCCAAGCUGAAGGAGGAGAUCACGAAGGUCCGAGACCUCCUGGCCAAUAAGGAGUCAGAGACGGGAGAAAACAUCAAACAGGCGGCAAACAACCUGCAGCAAGCUUCCCUGAAGCUCUUUGAGAUGGCCUACAAGAAGAUGGCGGCGGAGCGGGACGGCGGCAGCAGCAGCGGCGACAGCAGCAGCAGCGGCGGCGGCGGCUCAGAGGGAGAGAAGAAAGAGGGCCAGCAGUAGAGCUGUCAUUGACAGCUAUGGACUCAGUGCUCAGGCGUUAUUCCUUCAUGUGAAAUAAUAUUCUACUGUGUUUUUGCAGUAAAAUAGGAGAGAGUCAAUAUAUGCUCCAUGUCCAGUUACUUCCUGUUUGUAAUUUAACUGUUUUAUUUUAAUUUUCUGUUGAUUAUGUUCCUCCCUGGGCUCACCUAGAGCCAGGUGGCGAUCUGUUCAGAAGAAACGUCCUGCUCAGAUGAUCCUCAUCACACCUGGAAUCAAAUCUGUAGCUUCAUCCCACCCAUCGCUGAGGGGCGGGGUGGAUCUUCUCUCUCAUUGGUUGUAGGUAGACAUGAGACGCUGUGCAUGGGUAGAGCUACCAGCAGCAGUAAGCUGACUGGAUCCUAGAGGUUAACCUUUGACCUCUCAGACGGAGGAGGUGAUGAUGAUGCUGCAGCAGCAGGAUGCUCUAUGGACCCAUGGUGUUGCUGAUCUCUCCCUCACUGGGAGGCUGGUUGCUUUGAAUGAAAGGCAUGGGGGGGGGGGGGGUAACAGAAGGUCACAUUAACUGUUGGUCUUUUCUAAUAAAAGAUGAAAACAUGA